GAAGCAUGCUAGGAUUUAUAUCCUAGGCGUUUACGGUCACACUGAACACAAACUCAAGCAAACCGAUGAGUGCUGGAAUUUCGUCAACAAUUUUUGUUUUAUUCCAAUAUGUCGCUUUAUUUUUCGAAAGAACUGGUCGAAUAUCAAAUCAAUUAUGAAGCCGACAUUAAGGAAUUAACAAAAGAAUGGGAUGAGCCCGAAUCAGAGUUAGCUCAGCGCUUACUAGAAGCUGAAAGAGUUACCAACGAAGACCUAAGUCGACGAUAUAGUCCUGAAGAUGUGCGACAACUGUGUCUGCGCACCAAAGUGCGCGUCGAUAUGACCCUUUUCAAUUGUGUCUGGGAGGCAAAGAAACGUUUCGAUAAAAAGGAACGCCUGAAAAAUCAUUCCGAAAACUUCAUCAAUAAAAUGUACAUUAAAGCAGUGAAGAGAAAUAUGGUGAUACCAUAUGAACCGGAGGAAAUUGAAACAGCUGUGAAUAUUCGUCGUUGCAUACUGAAGAAGCGUAAUAAUCUACGUUUAGACAGAUGGAAUAGCUCGUUAUCCCAAUCGUCAUCAACAUCGUUGUCCAUUGAGGAGAUCAGUGAAGACCAGGACCCGUCAUUAAUGUUGUCGCAAAUACCCAAUCAUUUGCCCAGUAGUCCCAAAGGUAGCGGAGUCGCCCCCGUUAAUACAAUCAACUACCCAGUUGACCUCACAUCGUCAGGUCCCGAUUCCAGCGAACCUCAACUUUGGCAUGUCGGAAACACCGAAAGCGAAAUUCUUCAAUUGUCCACAAUUGCUGAAAACGAAGACGACAAUAUGUCUGAAAUGGCCGACUUGGUCAUAAAUGAUGAUUCUAACGAUGUCCAGGAAUUAAAGGAGAAUAGUUUUGAUAAGUCAGGGAUCGAUUGGGCAACUGCAGCGAUGGCAAUUAAUCCCAACUCUAUGACCAUCGACUCGGAUAUGCAGACGCCAAAAACAGAGAGUGAACCAAUCCCUGAAGAUUACUCCAUCUUCAACACCCAAGUGCCCUGCACAUCGACGGAAUCCACUCAUAAUACUGAUGAUUUUCUUUAAUUUUCGAUUGAAAUACAUAUUUACUUUAAUUUAGAAGUAUUAACUAAAAACAUAACAAAUACUACGGGUAAUAAUAUUUGAAAAAUGUAAAAUGAAUUUAUUUGUGAAUUGAAUUACAAAUUUAUUAAACAUGCUUCCGAAUA